CAAAAUCAAUGAGGCAUCCUAUUCAACUUAUACUGGCAAAUACAAAGAAAGAAGAGAUAUAUAUAGGUGUUGGAAAGAAUGUCUAUAUAUUAGAUUCGAAAACAGGGAAAAAUUUGGCAAACUGGACGCUUCCAGAGGCAAAUAAUGUGCAAUUAAAAGAAACACCUAUAAAUCAAAUACAAUGUAUGAAUCUUAGUGCAGAGAAGGAUCUUCUUUUUAUAUCUAGCAAUGAUAAAUUGCUAAGAAUAUUCGAUAUUUCAGAAGGAUUAAAGAUUCAGAAUGAAAUACGUUGUAAUAAACGUCCUUGCGUAAUAACAGUAGUCGAAAAAUUAUCUAAAGUUUUUGUUGGAGAUAAAUUUGGUGAUGUUUAUUCAUUUUUAUUAAAUGAAAAUUCAACAGUAGAAACAAAUACAGGACCCAUUCCACCAAAUCUUGUAUUAGGACAUGUUUCUAUGAUUACAGAUAUGAUAGUAACAAAAGAUUCUAAUUAUUUAAUUACAUCAGAUCGAGAUGAACAUAUUAAAAUAAGUUGUCUACCAAAAUGUGUUGUUAUCAAAGGGUAUUGUUUGGGUCAUCAAGAAUUUGUUUCAAAACUAUCUAUAUUAUCGUGGAACCCAGAUAUUUUAAUAUCAGGAGGAGGUGAUCCAUACUUAUUUGUCUGGAACUGGAGAAAUCAAGAAUUGCUAUCAAAAAUAGAUCUAAUAAAACUUUUGUAUAAGAAAGAUCAAAAGAAAUAUGUUUUAGAUAAUGAAAAAAUUGCAAUAAUUGGUAUUCAACAAAUAUCUACAAGAAAAGAAAUAGCAAUUAUUAUUCAGAAAAUACAAUUAUUAUUUAUAUUUGGAGAUUUGGCAUCAGAAAAACCAAUCUUAAAAAUAAUAGAACCGCUUCCUGGAGACCCUUUAAGUAUUACUUUGGAUAAAAAUGAUGUAUUGUGGAUAUCUUUGGACAAUUCUACUGAUUAUAACAUUCCUUUUAUAUAUUUAUAUCCAAAAAAUGAAGAUUUCAAAAAAAUAGUACAAGAAAUUGAUAAAACUAUAAGUAUAGAAGUCGACUAUAAAUUUUCUCCACUUUAUGAUUUUCUACAAAUUAGAAAAUCUAGAAAAAACUAAUUAAAAAAGAUAUUCCAAAUUAUUUUAUCCAUUACA